AUGCGAAGGGGGCCGAUCUUCCCUACGAGUUUUUAUGCGGGGUCUUUGAUUUCGUCUCAUUUGAGCAGGGCUGGCUCAGGAGCAGGCGUGAGACCACAGAAUUCCAGCACCAUGGCUGAGCUGGUCCUUGUGAGGUUUUCUGACCACCCCCAGGCUGAGAUUCCCCUCCUCCUCUUCUUCUCUCUGUUCUACUCAGCGAAAUGUUUAGGGAACACAGCUGUCAUCACGUUCGUGGCUCUCGACUCCUCUCUGCAGAACCCCAUGUAUCUCUUCCUCUGUCACCUGGCUUUCCUCAAUGGAUUCUUCAGCACAGUUGUGACUCCAAAGAUGCUCUUCAAUUUUCUUGCCAGCAGGAAAGUCAUAUCUUACCCGUUUUGCCUGGCUCAGAUCUACCUCAGUCUGUUCUUGGAGUCAACUGAGUGCUCCCUCCUUGCAGUGAUGGCCAUACAUCGCUCCGUGGCCAUCUGCUGUCCCCUCAGGUACCUGCUCAUCAUGAGCUGGGUGGUGUGCAUAGCACUGGCAGUGGCAGUCUGGGUCACAGGCUUCUGUGCCUCAGUCAGACCUCUCUACGUCACAAUCCUUCCAUUCUGUGGUCCUUUUACUCGCAGUAAGGUCACUGUUGGUUAUCUUCUCUGUGAAGUGCCCAUCCUCCUGCACGCGUUCUGUGCAGACACGUCUCUGCUGGAGGCCACCGUGGCCAUCGGAGGGGCUGGCAUAGUGCUGCUCCCUUUCCUCCUGAUUGUUCUCUCCUACCUCCGCAUUCUGGUGGCUGUGAUACGAAUAGACUCAGUGGAGGGCAGGAAAAAAAGGGUUUUUUCAACGUGCGCUUCACACUUGGUUGUGGUCACCAUCUAUUAUGGAACAGGGCUGAUCAGGUUCUUGAGGCCCAAGUCCCUUUACUACUCUGCUGAGGGAGACAAGCUGAUUUCUGCAUUGUAUGCGGUCAUUGGUCCCGCACUGAACCCAUUCAUCUACAGCCUGCGGAACAAGGAAGUGACAGAGAGAUACCAAAAAGCCCAAGAAUCCCUUUCUAGAAUCCUUAGGAGCUGA